GCCAAGAGAGAUGUCAUCUUAUCCUCUCCCAUCUGCCUUGGACACGGCAAUAUGGGGAGGAAAUUGUGUGUUAUUCCCCCUCAGGCUGCUGUCGGGGGUGAGGAGCAGGGGGACAGCAGGUAUAAGAGGCAGGUGUGGCCAAAGGAAGGCAGAUGGCCGCAUGGACUCCAGACGCUGCUGCUGCGGCCGGUAACAGACUGGGGCCGCGCUGAAGGAGCAGGGGGCCGGGAUGAAGGAGACCAGAGCGUCACGGAGGAAGACAGUGGAGCCCGCCCACCGCAGGAUGCCCAGACCCCCGGGGCACUCUUGCGCUCCCUGCUCCAGGCCAUACAGAGACCCAGCCGGAGUCCAGCCUUCCUGAUUCAGCCCCAGAGGUUUGGCAGAAACACCCGGGGCUCCUGGAGCAACGAAGGGCUGAGCUCCCCAUUCUGGAGCCUAGCUGCCCCUCAGCGCUUUGGGAGGAAGUGACAUGCCGUCCUUUGAUGUUUGCAUGCAAGGCCCACACCCAAAAGUGCCAUGUGUCCCCCCAAUAAAGCUG